UUUCUGAGAAAGUGGUUGAUUUCUGUUGGCAACAAUGGCUGUUUCCGUGAGAUUAAUGGGUCUGAUAGUAGCAUUUUGUGGUGCAGUUUCCUUCAUAUUUGGAGUUGUUGCUGAGAACAAGAAGCCAGCAGCUGGAACUCCAAUAACAGGGAAAGGUGUUGUUAUCUGCAAGUACCCCUCUGAUCCAACUGUCGUUUUGGGGUAUUUGUCUGUAGCAUUUCUCAUUGCUACUACUGUGGCUGGGUUUUUGUCUCUGUUUUACCCUUACAAAGGAAAAUCUGUUCCACAAAGUGCCUUAUUUAGAAGCGCCAGUUUUGUUGUUUUCUUCAACAUUGCUAUGUAAGCAUUCUGUUCUCAGUU